AUGACGACACGAAGGGCUACCUGCCUUCAGCAGCAGCACUCACAGCAGCCUCCGCCACAGCCGUCUCCCACAACAACCAGGAGUGGCCUGUGGGACUCUCAUUCCUCGGAAGAUGAUAAACCAUCUUCCCAAAGUGAUUUCAGCCAAACCGUCUCAAAGAACACUGUCAGGGGCACACAAGAGGCUCCAGUGAAGGUCAGUUUCUCUGAAGAAGAAACUGAAGAAGAUGAUCAAGACGGCUCUCACAGCAGGGCCACUGCGGCUAGGGCCAGAUCCAGGUAUUCUGAUGAAUCCGGAGAUCAAACCAGCAGAUCAUCUAGUCAAUAUACAGAAUCAUUCUGGCAGUCAUCAUAAAGUCAAAACUUCACAGCUCAUGAUAAGCAACCUUCAGUGCUGAGCUCAGGAUAUCAUAAAACUCCUCAGAAGUGGACCCAACAAACUUCAAGAAUAAGGACGGGGAUGCAAAAUGACAGCAUUCAGAAAUCAGAGCUUGGAAACCAGUCACCAUCACCCUCCAGGCGCCAAGUGACUGGACAACCUCAAAAUGCAUCUUUUACCAAGAGGAACUGGUGGUGGCUACGUCCUCUGACAGAUGCUGUCACCUCUGGGAGUUUGUUCUUCAGUACUGCUGAGGUAGAAACCACUGCUGUUCAAGAGGUCCAGAACCAGAUAAAUCAACUUAAGAAUAAAUACCAAGGUCAAGAUGAGAAGCUGUGGAAAAGGAGCCAAAUAUUCUGGAAAAAAUAUCUUUUUUUUUUUUUGUUUAAAAGAGGAAAGCAGGAAGCUCUAAAUGUCCUUGCUCAGAUGAGACCCAGCCGCUGUACCGUGGACUGGCACAGGCUGACAGAAUGCACAAGCCACCGCUGGCAUCCACAGAAGGAGGCGUGGGCAGGCUUCUCCAGGCCACACUCCUCCUGGGCACCCCUCCGAGCUGGGCAACGCUUGGGCCAUGGCUCUGCCUCUCCCGGCAGUUCCCAGAUGCUCACCAAGGCUUACAAGGCUGACGAGGGCAGGGAAAGGGGUGAAAAGCAGAGAAGGCAGGCAGAUGCCUCGGGGGCCUUUCCGCCGGCUUCCCCACCAGCCCGCUGGACCUUCUGUGACUGCUUUUCUGGGUGCAGGGUCACCAUCCACCCGGCACUCCAAUCAGAAGCUGCAGGUCUCCCCUCUCACUCGCUCCCAAAUUGCAGUCACUUCUCCCUAAGCAUGUCUUUUGGGUCCAGCUUCUCCAUUUGGGUCCAGCCUCUUCUUCUCACCCCAGGCCUCACCAUUUCUGGCAGGCGCUUUGCAGCCCCCCCAUACCUGGUCUCCCUCCUGAGCUCCACAUUAGAAGAAUUUGAUCUAUUUCAAUCAAGUCCUCUCUUGAAAACCGUGAUUAUGCCUGGCAAGAGCCAUGCACACAAGAAAGCCCAUUCACGGUCUGCCCCCGAGCUGCCCACCCAGCCUUACUGCUGA